UGCGCAUAAGCAACUCAUAACCUCACAAAUCACAUCUGGCGUAUUUGACCGUUGCAUUUUUUUUGAAAGUACUAUUUUGGUGUUUUCCCAUUUUCGGUUAAAAUUUUUGAGUUAAGUGACUAUACAAGACCUUCUUGAGUAUGGAUGUUAAGGCGAAAGAUAUAUUCGACGUAGAUCCAGAUACUGGUCAACUUAUCCCUUUACCAAUUAAAUGGAGAAAUAAGGGCAACAAGAGUGAAGAAAAAUCAGCAACCAAACUAAAACAGACUUUUGACUUGAAGCCUUUGAAGCUUAGAGCUGCGGAUUUUGAAGAGGAUCAACCCAAAGCAAAAAAGAUGAAAAUUGAAACAAAGACAGUGAGAAAAGGAUUAUUCACUGCUUCAGCUCCUAAACCACCCCAGCAUAGAUACAGUACAAUUUCGACAUCAGUUGCUAGAAGAUCAGUUGUACCUAGGAAGAUCGUACCUGCUUCGGAACAGAAGGUGAAAGAACCCCUACAAUCCAUAGCUUCCCCACUGUUGGAUUUGGAAUCGUGCGAAGAACAGCUGUUGAAGAAAAGUGGUUACGCUUUCGGACCGCUACAAAAACCAUUAUUCGCAUUCACCGAGACACAAAAACCAAAUGUCAGGCCAAAAUUUGCCACAGAUUCUCCAGUCUCGUCAAUGUGUAACCUAUUGGAAAACACAGAAAUCAACAGUGCAAAGAAGAAGCCGAGACUGAAUACUCGAGCAUCUUCACUUAAAGAACUAAUAAAGAUGGAAACUACAUACUUCGAGGAACUGGAGAGAUCACAGACUGAGGAAGUAGAGAAAUUAGAGAGAAUGCUGGACUCGCAUAUGCAGCUUGUAGAAAAUUUAAUAUUUAUUAAGGAAAAUAAACAAGCUAACUUAUUGGAACUUAGAAAGGUGCAUCAAGAGAGAUUGGAAUAUUUGAAACAAAUUUCUGACGAUCGGGGCAAUAUAGAAAAUCAAGUGGAGCCUGUAGCUGAUAAGGAAAAUAGUCCGAGAAUCAUUCGAAGGUCCAACAGACUGCAGAACAAAUCACCUGUGCCACUACGGGACAGCAAACCGGCAGUGUCUCCUGUCAUAUCCGAUCUGCGAAAAUCUACAUUAAAGAAGAAUAUGGCCGCCAGGUACCAAAGUCCUCGAACCAGUAAAGCUAUGGACAUGUACUGUAGUUUGAAAGAAUCGUUCAAAUCUGAGCUUGAAACACCUCGAGUGGACAGAUUGAUGAACGGGGGCCAGUCACCAAACAGUAGUUUUAAGAAAAAUCUCUCGAGAAAGGUACUCGAUCAAUGCAUGAUGCUUCAGGAUACCCCCAGACAUUAGCCCCGAUAGUUCGAGAUAAGGUUGUUAUAUUAAUUCCCACAUAGACUACAUUUGAUAAUUUUUUUUGAGUUCCUUAUUUGGAGCUAACUGAAUUGUACAAAUAUGUUUGUUCACAACCACACGGUUUUUGACGGGUUACAGUAAAAUUCUAGCAAUUACUUUUAUCCAUCAUCUAUAUGCAAUCGGCCUGUAUGCGUAAACGUCUGUUUCAGUAAGCUCACAAGGAUACGCUUUUUAGUUUUGUUUCGCCGCCUUGAACAUCUUCACAACUAAUGAGUCUUCCACAUUUAUGCUUGACAUGGUCAGUACAACUUCCUUUUAUGGGCAUGCAAAUUUAGUUUAUCGUGUUGCUGUUGAUGUUAGAUAUAAAACAUCGCAAUGCCUGAAGAUACAACUACAAUGUCAAGAGUCUGUGUUAAGUUUAUUGGAGUAUUUUCAUAUUCUGAGAUACAAUACAAUAAUUUGGAACUAGUUCUGAACUGCACUUACGUCCGGCAUGCGCAGAUAAAUCAUUAGGGAUUGGUUCUGAAUUAGUCCAGUACUGCUUGAUGGAACAAACCUAUAAAGUGAAUGAAAUCAACAGUCUCCCAGUUCAUGUGUAUAUGCAAGAGCGAGUAGUAGCUACGUUAAGGAUCAGCUUGUACAGGACAGUUAAGCUGCAAAUUAAAUACAAUUAGUGAGUCUGUACAUUUAUUGCUUAUGACAUUGUGACGUAACCGUCAAAAGCCGUGAAUAGACCUACACACCUCUUAUAUGAACAUAAACAAACCAUAUAGGAAUUAUAGACCCCCCAAUAGUAAAGCUAAAAAAGGUACAAAAUGUUGCUGCGUUGAACUGCUCCUGUUACUAUUUCACCCAAAACCAUUCAGAAAAUCGAGAAACACUUGUAGCUUUCUGAAAUCUUCGAAUCCAUCAUUUUUUAUCGCAUGUCAGAACUAUAUAUGCGUUUUACAAUUUUGUAGACGACAGUGUAUCCAAUACAAGGUUUCAUUUAUUUACUUUUUCAUCUCCCUACCAAUAUUUUAUGCAACUUAUAGAAAACCUAACCUUUUGUAAGAUAAGCCUCUUUUCAGAUGACUACUAAUUCACCUUUUUAAAUGACGAGUUAUCUUUUUCAAUAAAUCAGUGUUGUUAAAUGAAUGCAUAAUACUAGUUACUUGUUUUUUAAACUUAAGUUUAAAACUAUCAUCAAUUGGAAUAUUUGAAAUAUAUGGUAUCUGAUGUAACAUCUGAAAUAUCCUGUGGUUUUCAUGCCUAUAAUCCUCCAUAUUUUUCUGGCCAAUCAAAACCAGAUGUGUUUAAAAAAUCUCACUGUUGAGAUGGAAACGUUUACAGAUUUUUUUAACACGUGGUUUCGAUUGGACGGAGAAAUAUGGGGAUUAUACCUUACGAUUGAUGGUUUAGUUAUGAACAAGAUCAAGUGGAGGUGAACCCAACAUUAAUAUGACUUGUAUAUAUGUACCCGAGAGGUAAAUAGUUGUAUGUCCAUAAAAGAGAACGGCCAGAAAUGUGCAAAACAGAUAGAAAUGCUGGCUCAGUUUAAAACUUGAUAAAUGUUCCAGAACUGUAGUUAUAUGCUAUUUAAUAUGAGCUCUUUCAAUACCCAUUUGUAUUAUUUUAUAAAUAUCUACCUGUACUUUGAUUAUGGACUUACUGCUUUUUAGCUGUAUCUAAAAAACAGGUGUUAAGUAAUAAUAUAGCCUUAUAUUAGAAAACUAUUUUCAAUUUUUAAUUAGAACACUAUUGCAAUGCACUGAAUAAUGAAAAACAUGUUUUUACUUCAUAUCAAAAGCUCAGUCCAACAAAAAAUAUUAUCAUUCCCUUCCUCUUAGGAGGUUUCUUCGCCAUCCUUCUUACAACCCGGGAUAUUUUUAUAAAAAUGAUGGAACUGCUCGGGAACCCACUGAAAACUUUUUAUCAGAAAAUCGUGCUUUUUCUUUGUUAUUCCUUUUAAGCUACUGCGCAGGUCUACUAACUCUACAGGCAAUGGGACUGGGUUUCGCAUGGACCUUGUAACAUUCAAAGUUUUAAAUUCUUCAUUGCUAAACUUUAACUUGUAAAACUCUGUGCUGGGAUGAUCAGCUUGAAUUCGAAAAUAUACAACGUUUGAUAUAGGAAAAUCUUCUUUCUGAGUAUUUUUUUUCUAUUAAUAAACGGGGCUUUAGGUUGACUGUACAAGUAAUUCACAUGUUUGAGAUCAGCAAGAUUUAGUUUUAUGACAGUUGCACCUGCUGAUCUAAUUAAUUGCUGCCAGUCCCAAGGUGUGCAAAUUUCCAUAGUUGGUUGCUUUUUUAAUGAUCUUUCAAUCAGAGCAUGUACGUGAUCCGUCUCCGUGUGUGUUUGACCUCGUAGCAAGAAUUUGUGUUCAACAGUCUUCAAAUUUAGACAAAUCUUCAAUAGCCAUAGAUAGGUGAGCAUCAUAACAAUAUUACGAUUCUGACCGGGGCAGUUGUCCGACCAAAUUAUUAGAUGUUCUAUGGUAGUAUGAGAAAUGGUACUUUCAGCCGACUUCAUCAAUGCAGAUGCGAUUUCGGUGCCUCCUCUCCCAGCCUCAGAUUCAUCCCAUACCAAGCAAUAGGACAAAUUGUUUGUUGAAUCAUAUAUUGUCAAAUUUAAGGUCCAAAGCUCAAGUACAUUUGACCUACUACCUAUAUGAGUUACCUUAUAUUGAGAUAAGAUUUCCCUCCAGGCUUUUUUCAUAGGGGCAAAUAAUGCAACAUCUAGCGGUUGUGUAACGUGGGUGCUGUUUGGAGGCAAGCAUAUAAAACGAAUGUCGUGUUUUCGACACAAAUCCAAGACUUCAACAUUAAUAUGAGAAGACAAAUUGUCUCUUAAAACGACCUUCUUUCACUGAAUUUUUUUAAGCCUGGGUAAUAGAAUACUGUUAAACCAAUUUGCGAAGGUCUGUGAUUCGAACCAACCAGAUGCUGUAUUUGCAUAACGUGUACCAGGGGGACCAGUCUCACACCAGGUGUCCCACAAAUGCUUGGAUUUGUACACCACAUACGGCGCUAAUAGUUCACCAGCUGCAUUUCGACAAAUCAUAAGAGAAAUGCCGCUCUUUGAGGAAUUACAAAUUCUUUCGGGAUAUUUAACUCCACGUUUAGUUAAUAUCUUUUUUGUCCGGGAUCAUCGGUUAAGUUAGUCUCAUCAUAAUUAAAAAUAGCAUGUGGUUCCACACCAAUUAAUGCUGCUCUACUUCUUUUUAUGUUCGAGGCCAGUUAGGUCCUUAUGACGAUUUAAAAAUGAUUUGACCCAAUCCAUACCUGGAGUAUUAUCCUUAACCCUUUCAAGGCAUAUUUUUAAAUUUUUAAGCUAUUUCAUUUAUAGCUGAAAAAAAUGAAGUGAUAAGAUCUCAAAAGCAUUAAAAAUAGCCCAGAAAAUUUUUCCAUUUGGAGAAAAAGGAAUUAGUAGGUGGUAUCACCAUGAUACCACCAAGCACUAAAAUAAUACAAUGCAGAUAUUACUGAAACAUAUAUUUAAUUAAGAUAAUGUUAUAAAAAGGAGUUUGAAGUAAAAACAUACAACUUAUUUGCUAUGAUAUUUUUCAAAGCAAUUUUUUUGGUCAGUGAGACACAAACCGACAUUGCAAGUACUGCACGACCAUCGCGUACGGAGUUGUUCCGCUUUUGUGCUGCAAAAUGCACGUCUUCAUCUGACCCAUUUUGAUCAUCCUCCGAUUCAUUUCCUGAAGGUAUGUCCUCAAAAAAUAUAUUUCUGUACUCUUCAUAGGUCAUAUUUUCCAUUUCUUUGUAAGACCACUUUUUCCCUGAAACAAAAUCCCCAAUCAAUUAGUCAC